AUGGAGUUCGAUCCCAAUAAGGACUUAUCCAGCAAGAUCGACCACGUCGGCAUCAGCGCCCCGACAGAGCAGUUCGAGAGCCUGGUCACUUUCUACAAAAGCGCACUUGCGCCGAUGAAAUACAAAGAGAUAAUGCGCUUCCCCGGCACAGUUGGACUGGGCGACGAGGUCCCCGACUUUUGGAUCUCCGAGACGGAAAGCGACACGCCGCAGAAUCUUCACUUUGCAUUUACUGCGGAUGAUCGCAAAACGGUCGAUGCCUUCCAUGACGCUGCUAUCUCGGCCGGAGGGAAGUGCAAUGGCAAGCCAGGCCUGCGGACGCAAUACCAUGCCAAUUAUUAUGCGGCGUUCGUGUCGGAUCCACGUGGGAACAAUGUGGAGAUUGUUUGCCAUUUACCGCCCAAGGAGUAG